CUACCGCUUGGUAGCGUUGGGCGAGUUCAGAACUCCUGGCUGGACCUCGGGUGGUGUCCGCGCAUGGGGCGCUGAUUGCUGUAGAAAUGACAUGACCCCAAUGGGUGUCGGGAGAGGGGGCCUUUGCACAAAAGUCUUCAGUACAUCAAUUACAGCUUAUAACCCAGUAGCCUUCACAACCAGCAGCACGAAUUCCAUCGGGGAAACCACAACCUACAUUGAUUCCUUGGACCGCAGCGCAACGGACAAUGCCACCAUCCUCAGCUCGGGAACCAUGACAAUGGCCGCCAUGGUAGUCUACUGGCAAGAAUCCGAUCUCGAAAAGUUCGAUCCCGAGUACGCAGCGACAUUAGCGGAUCACCUGUCCAUUGGCUUUACUCCCACAGCUACCUCGGACGUUACGUCUGAAACGGCGACACCGCCUAAUCGUAGUAAACUUUCGUCCGAAACAUCGAAUCUUGGUGAGGCUAUAGGAGGAUCAAAAGGUUCUGGUCUCAGUAGUGGGUCGAAGGCGGGUAUAGGCGUGGGAGUAGGACUUGGAACGCUAUUGGUGGCUUUAGCGGGGUUUUUACUUUACAAAAGGAGGGUGGGUAGACGAGAGAAGAAGCUUGAUAGGAAUUCUGCGAUUCAGAAUCAACAACCCGAAUUUUUGCAGAGGGAUCCGCAGAUGCAGACGGCAUAA